CCCACAGUUCCACCAGAAUCUUCAAAAACAAAGCCUUGAGAGCAGUCGCAAUUGAUUUAUCCUCUUCUCGUAGUGCAACUGACAUAUCUGAGUAGAGAAACACCUCGAAAUGUUCGAGACUGUCACAGCGGCCCGUCCUUCCACCUGGACUAAUGGCUUCUUUCGCAGACUGAUGCUACACUUCAAGAACGGAUUUUCGCACAUCAAGAAUGUUUGUCAAGUUACUCUAAGACUUGGGUGGUCACCGUGGCACGCAUCCCGCAUAACAUUCAGGCAUAUUUUGAGAACCACUUCAUCUGAACGAGGAGCCGUCAUUGAGCGUUUUAUUGCUGUUAAGCAACGAGAGUUGGACACAGUAGCCGUUGCCAGUGCUCUCGUGGCGUCCGUUGUAGCAAGCCUACUGUCAUGGUCCUGGUUCCCAGUGCCUCCAUACACAGCCAAGAUUGCUUUACUUUGCGCUUUGGUUCAUUCGCUUCUUGCAGUUGGAAUAGCAGGACAGCAAUCUAUCGCUCUAGGUCGAGCUAGCCUCCACUCAGGUCACUGGGCUUUUUUCAUGCCCACCAUUUCUGGCCGUGCACGUUACUUCGAUGAAUCUGAAAUUACCGAUGCUAGUCGACUGCAAUGUUUUGCAUGGCAAAUACCGUCAAUGCUAGUAGGGAACAGCAUAAUUUUCAUACUAGUUGGCAUCGCUAUUAGUGUCUUUAGUGCAGCCAGAAAAGCGGGGUGUUGGGGAGAUGAGGUUGUAACUGCCAUCUGCCUUACAAUUUCCUUGCUGUUUGGCUUAGGGUCCUAUUUCAUCUCCUGGAUGAGUAUUGAGUGGAAAAUCUUGGAAGAAAUAGAGCAUGAUACCAAGAUACCAGAUUCUAAAGCAUAGACAUCAUUAUCAUAUCAUGAAGAGCAAGAAGAUCCGGCUGUCAUGUUAAACACCAAGGGAGGCGGCGCGAGAAGAUUUUUGAGCGAGACUACAAACAGAGGGCGGGCUUCGGCUCUCUACUUUGAGCUAAAGACUUUUUCUUGUAUUUGAAUUAAGCUUGAACGCGUCCGUAGAACAUGUAAUUAGUUUGAUGCAAGCUCCAAGGC